AACAUGGAAACUGUCAAUCAAACAAUUAUAUCAGAAUUCAUUCUUCUGGGGCUUAGUGAUGAUCCUGCAUUGCAGCCUUUUAUCUUUACCCUGUUCCUGACCAUAUAUCUGAUCACCACCUUGGGAAACUUGCUAAUCAUCCUAGCUGUUAGCUCUGACUCCCAAUUACAUACACCCAUGUAUUUUUUUCUCUGUAACCUGUCUUUUAAUGACAUCUGUUUAAUCAAUACUACAAUCCCAAAGAUGUUGGUGAACAUUCAAAGAGAAGAUCACACCAUCACAUACACAGCAUGCCUCUCUCAGGUCUACCUCAUCUUGAAUUUUGCUGGUAUAGAAAACUGUCUCCUGGCAGUGAUGGCCUAUGACCGAUAUGUUGCCAUUUGUCACCCUCUGAAGUAUACAGUAAUAAUGAAUCAAUAUUUAUGUGUUAUGUUGCUGCUAUUCUCUCUGUUCCUUAGUAUUGUGCAUGCUUUGUUCCACACUUGGAUGGUAUUGCUACUGUCUUUCUGCACAGAAAUUGAAAUCCCUCACUUUUUCUGUGAGCUGGCUCAGAUCAUCAGACUUGCCUGUUCUGAUAAUUUUAUCAAUUAUCUGCUAGUUUACACAGUGUCUGUUCUAUUUUUUGGUGUUCCUGUCUUUGGGAUUAUUUUGUCUUAUAUUCAGAUUGUAUCCUCAGUUUUAAAAAUGUCAUCACUGGGAGGAAAGUAUAAAGCCUUUUCAACAUGUGGGUCUCAUUUGUCAGUUGUGUCCCUGUUCUAUGGUACAGGUUUUGGGGUACACAUAAGCUCUGCAUUUACAGACUCUCCAAGGAAGACUGUAGUGGCUUCAGUGAUGUACACUGUCAUCACUCAGAUGCUGAACCCAUUUAUCUACAGCCUAAGAAACAAAGAGAUGAAGAAAGCCUUCAGGAAAAUCACUAGUAGGAUAGCAUUUCUUUUGUAA